AUGGCGGAAGGUGGCCCAGCUGUAUUGCUUGAGCUGGAAACCACCAAGCUGCCUCUGAUUCAGCUCAGCACAAAGCUGCCAGUCCCUGGGGCCAUCGCCGCUCUUCUGGAGAGCGCUUUCCCUUCACUUUACCCAAGCACCCCACUUCCGGAGAACAAAGAAAAGGAAGCUGCUGUAGUCUCUUCUGAGCAGCUUCCACCCAUCAACACCAAUCCUGGGGAGACCUCUUCAGAAUUGGAGCAAGUAUUGCUGGCAAAGGGCAUGGAGCAGCCUCCGCUGACCAGGCAAAAGUCCGCCAAGGUGACUGCAAAAGGGGCCGCGCCUAGUUCUCGACCGGGGAGCAAAGGGGGCACCAAGCCAGGAGCUCAGAAACAAGAGCCGGCGCCAAGCACUACAGCAGCUGACGUCAGCACAGGGCAUGCUGACGUCAGCGCGGGUUCCGCUGAUUCAGCGGGCCAGCUUUCCAGCCAGAAUGGAAGUACGGUAGAGGAUAAAGCUGGGGCUGAGCAAAUGGGGCAGAGUGAUUCGUUCAAGAAGAGAAGUGGGCCCAACGGCGAGAAAUCUGCAAAGAUUGAGCUAGAGUGUCAAGAGUCAGUGCAGCAUGGCACCGAGCUCAUAAGCUAUCUUGAGCGGCAGCUUAUACAGUCCAAGGAAGCGGACGAGGCCCAAUUGCUAGACGACGAUGCUGUCUUCACUCCGAACCACAGGAAAACGGGUCUGCCGAUGCAACCUUCGCGGCUGGUCGUUGACCGGGUGAGGUUAGCGGAGGAUGGUUUGCUUGACCCAAAGGAGAUACUGGAGAGGGAAAAGGAGAUGGAGGAGCAAGCGCAGAUGCCUCCGAGGACUUUGGAGUAUUUGGAUGUAAAUGCAAAGGGAUAUUUGAAGACGACGGUCAACUUAGCCGUGCGGCAGAAGAUUACGCUGGGGAGAGCGGCCACACUAGGAGCCAGUCUCAGUAAGAGAACACGAGACCCCAAGGCCGGCGCUACCGCCAAUGGCAAGAACAGCCUCCUAAGCGGUCGGGAGUCCUCUACCGACCCGACACUCAGGUCCGCUAAGCUGAGCGACGCGCGCCCGGAGCAGCUUGGGAGGACCCGGGUGGAAAAGGAACUAAAGCGGCACAUCCUGGAAGGGCUCACGGGGAAGAUGCAGUAUCUGCCGAACCCACGAUACCGAAUGGAUACGCUGACCCUAAAGCCUGUGCCUAGCAAGGCCAACGCGACCAGCCUUCCGGGAACCGAGCUUGUUGUGGCGCCGUCUUCGGUACAAUUCAGCGACUACGAUGCCGGAAAGAUCUACGAGCAGACGCUCGAGAUCCAUAACGUCAGCAGCAUUAGCCGGCGCGUGAGGGUUCUCCCCCCGUCCUCCGGCCUCUUUGCCGUCUCGCUCCCCCACUUCCCCACCCCUGCCGGCCUCAUCGCCCCCGGUAUGCACUGCACCGUCACCGUUUCCUUCGCCCCCAAAACCCUGGCUGACGUCACCGACUACGUCACCGUCCAAAGCGACCUGACGUCAUUCCACGUGGCGCUCUACGCCCGGAGGGAUCCCCCGGUACUGACGCUGCCCGCGGUCCUCGACUGCGGGGCGUGCCUGGUUGACCACACGUCGGUGCUCAAGUUUCCGUUCCGCAAUUCCGGCGGACCGGGCGCGUUCCGGCUGAGCUUCGUGCCGGACGGAACGGAAACAGCGGACGGCGUCCAGCAGUGGCGCAGGGCGGAGGAAAGUGAGGUGGGACGGAACGAGAACGGAACGGAAACAGACGGGGGAACGGAAAACGGCAGGGCAGAAACAACGUGUGGAGAUACCUCAGCUCGAUCAGGCAACGAGAACGAGAUUGCUUCAGCAUCGGUUACAAGAGCAGUUCCCGGUGUGAAUGGCCCCGAGGGCUUGCAGAAAGGCCUGGAAGACGGUCCCCUGACGGCUCAGUGGGGCCCGUUCACACUCUUUCCGGCGUCUUUCCGCCUCGGCCAAUCGGAGGCAGCCACGAUAACGGUCACUUUUAACCCUCACAGUGAGGACCAGUUUCGAGAAUCCCUCCAGCUCGCGUGCGACAAUUGCCGGUCGCAGACGCUGGAAGUGGUGGGGCGGGGCGCUAUCCUGGACGUACACGUGGCAGAGAUCGAUGGCCGAGGAGUGGGAGAAGGGGAGCUCCAGCAAGGGGUGUGGUUCGAGGCCACUCCCCCAGGGGCGCCUCUCCAUCGGACGGUCACCGUGGAGAAUCGGACGGCUCUGGAUGUCCCGGUCCGGUGUGAACUGGCCGCGGUGAACGACGAGCUAGAAGAGAUGCGUCUGACGUAUGCAGACGUCAGCGGGGUGAGGGGGGCCAGCCAGGGGGCGGAAAGUGCUUCGGGAGGAGGAAGGGUCGGGAGGCGUUGCAGCGGCAGCUCUUCCGGCAAAACCGUAGCGGAACGGAGCGGCCCAGUGUUCACGGUUGAGCCGACUGAAACUGUGAUCAGGGCGGACUCCCGAGCGGAGUUUGUGCUGACGUUUGCACCGGACCGGGUCGAUCUUCUCCAAGCCACCGCUCGGUUCGAAGUCGACACUCGGCGUGUAAAUUAUGCCGGGGGGGCAAAUUUUGGCGCAACUUUGAGCUCUUUUGGGGAGAGGCAAGAGCAGAAUAGCACACUAUCUUCUUCCCUGAGUGCACGGCGGAAUCCGCUGAGCAGGAGCGGAACCGGCAGGCUUGAGCGGUUGGCCAGUAGAAAGGACAGAACGGCUGCGUCUUACGCGGCCGUUUCAGCGGAUAAUGGUGGGGGACCGGUCACAACUUCGGAGCUAGUGUUAGGCGGCGUGGGGGCGUUCAUAGCGGUGGAAUUGACACCAGAGGUUUUGGCAUUCCCAGGGGAAAUGUUGAUUGGUCAGGCGUACAGGCAGACGGUGACGCUCAGCAACAAGAGCGCGGCAGCGGCGCGCUUUUCGUGGGCGGAAUCCGGUCCUGGAGCGGAAUCUGGCCCUGGAGAGGGCGGGGUGCUGAGAAGAGGGCCAGACUUAAGGAAUUCUGGAGCGCGGCCGGGUUGUGACGUCACAAUCGCAAGCGGUGAUGCGUUCUGUCGGCCGUCCGUUUCUUUUUCGCCGCGAGAAGGGACGGUUCCGCCUUUCGAAGAGCUGUUCGUCGAAGUCGAGGUGACGGCCCGCCACCUGGGGCCGUUCGACGCCGGUUUCGAAUGUCGGCUCGACAACUUCUUUGGGGGGCCGCUUCGGUUGCGCGCGCGCGGCCGCGCGGUCGCGCCCGCCGUGCGCUUCGAUCAGGCGGCCGCGGAGUUUGGGCUGGUGGAGAGGGGACACGUGGCGCAGAUAGAGGUGGUCGUGCGGAACGAUUCCGGCGUUCCGGCCAGGUGGGCAGUUGAGCAGAUAGCGGAAGCGCAAUUGGAAGCCGGAACUGCAAGUCGAGAGCAACUCGCACGGCAGCAAUCAAUUAGACAACUAGAGGUGUCAGCUGCAGGGAGAACGGAACCGGAAACCGAAUCAGAUGCGACUGUGGGAACGGAAGCGGAAGGGGUUCCCGCAGCGCGAGAUACGGAAUCGGAGCCCUCAGACGAAGAGUCAACAAUUGCAGACAGAGCAAAAACAGGGGCAGAGAGUGUAAGAGAUAGAGCGGAUGGUUCAUUGUUGGGCGGAACCGAACCGGAAAUGUCGAGAGGAGCGGAAUCUAGUUGGGGCCCUUCGCCCUCGUUCUGCCGAAGUCUAGAGCGCGCCACUUCUGUCAAGUCUACCUUUGGCGAGUUUGUGUCUCCCCACGUGCUCGAGAUCAGCCCGUCUUCCGGGUUUCUCGGCGCAGAAUCUUCCACCAGGGUCCUCAUUUCGUUUAGCCCGGCCCAUUGUCAACCCCUGCAAAUGGUUUUGGAGCUCCGCUCCGGACCGGUCUCGGGAGACGAUUCGGAGUCUGGCGCAAGUGCUAUGAGCUUAAACGGAAGCGGAACGGAAGUGAAGCACAUCCUAGCCACCGCCACUGUCGUCGCGCCACGUGUCGUGCUCGACCGUUCGGAGCUCGACUUGGGUACGUGCUUCGUCAACAUGCCGCUCGAACGGAACCUCGUCCUGCUGAACCUUUCCGCAAUUCCGGCGGACUUUGCGUGGGCGCCGGAAAUGUUAGGCGACCCCUCGGAAUCUUUAGAAGUCUCGGUUGUGCCGCAAAUUGGGCGGAUCCCAGCAAAGGGACGGCAGGAACUGCUAGUUAGAAUCAGCCCGGUGCGGGAGCCGGCCGGCGGGGCGGAUUCCGCUCUGCCUACUGGAAAGUUGGGGAGCUCCGUGGAGAAAAUACUGGCGUGCGACGUUCCGGGAGCGGACGUUCCGUUGGCGCUGCGGAUUCUGGCCAAGGUCCAGGGGCUGCGCUUUUCCUUUGAGGUGCUCGGGGGGGCGACGCUCAAUGGGGGAACAGACUCUGCGAAGACCCCCGUGAUCGAGAAUGGUAUUUCAGCCAGAUGUGGUCGUGACGGGACGGGGCGCCAUACUGAAGACAGCGGUAUAAGGUGCGGAACGGAAGACAGCGGAACGGCACAAGGCGGAGUGGCGGGGUUGCCCCUACCAGAGCCGACACAAGAGUCGCCUCUGGAGAACGGAGCCGGCCCGCAGCCAAUACUACCGGCCGCAGCGGAAGCCUCCGGAGCGGACUCCGUGGCGGAACCCCGCGGAACCGCCGAGGUCAGUGACGGGGACAGCACAGAUCCGCUGUCUGGAACGGAAUCCUCCGGAGAGCCUGCUCUGGAUUCCGGGCACUCGUUAGCGGAAAAGAAGGUGGAGCUUCUAGUCACCGAGGAUCAACCGGGGCCCAGUCGGUCGGAGCCGCUAGCCAGCGUUCCGGCGCGCUUGGACUUCGCUUCCGCUCUGUCGAUCGGCGAGCGGAAGACGCUCACUCUGGUCGUGAAGAACCACAGCGGGGUGCGUGCUCCGAUUUCCGUCCGCCUGCUCCACAUGGGUUCUUCCAUCUCGAGCGGAACGCUUCUUUCCAGCGGACUGCUUUUCUCGAACGCCGGAAGCGUGCAUUCCGCCGGCGGAUUGGCUAGCGGACAGAGCAGCCUGGGCAGCGGAUCCUGGCCGUUGGAUGUGUCAAAAUCAAGGGUGACGAUGUCCGGAGACCCGGGGCAAAGCACCGGGAAGAGGAAGGGCCAGAAGGCCCUACUUGGAAACGCCCAUGAGACUGCCCGGAACUUCAGCUCGUCACUGGGGCAGACUGUGCUGACGAAACGACAGGAGAAGAAGGGCGAGAAGCAGAUCUUGGACGGCGACCGCCCCGCUGUGCUGACAGUUACGCCGUCGCCGGAGGGAACCCUCGAGCCCUGGUCCACGUGGCAGUGCGACGUGACGUGCUUCUCGAGCGUCUGCGGACACUUUUUGGAUGUGCUGACCUGCCAGGUGGGCGACUUUCCUCCGACCGAGAUCCCGGUAACCCUAGCCGUUUCCGGGACGCCCCUCUUCCUCCACCGCGACCGGAAACUUCUAGAGGGAUACGCGCGCACAAGCCGCGAGGGCCGCGCGCUGCGCGUCGCGUGGGCCGAUGCGCCGUUCGCGCCCUCGCCCGAACCCCAAACCUUCUGGGUCACGAACCCGUCGCCCGCGCGCGCGCGCGUCGAGUGGGCGUUCGAGCGGCCCGCAGGGUUUGGGGGUUUGGCGCCCGCGCGCGUCGAGAUGCGCGUCGAUGGGGAGGGGCGGGUGAAAGUGGGACUGGAAGAGAGGAUGGAAGAACUGGGAGAGGGGGAGAGCUGUUUUAAAGUGGACCCAAAAGUUCAGGAGCUGGCCCCCCGGUCCUCCGCCCCGGUCACUCUCACCUUCUCACCCCCUCACCCCGGCACCGUCGAAGCUCUGCUCGUCGGCCGCCAUACGCUAUCCGAGCCUUCCCCCGGCGUAUGGUCGCAAUUCUCUAGGCUUCCGCCCACUCUUGACUCCCUGCGCGUGACUCUUAGAGCUUCCCGGUCUGUCCCGCGGUUGGAAUCGGGGCGGAAGCAGUUGCACUUCACGUGCUUUGCGGGGGAUCCCCCCGGCGCGAAGACGUUUUCCCGGGCGGUUACGUUCAGCAACGUGCAGCCGUUUGCGGUGUCGGUGACCGUGGAUGUGACCGGGCCUUUUUUGGCUGAGGACGUGCAAGCGUCGCUGGCGUCUUCUCAGGCGAGAAAUGAAACCAUAUAA